GCAGAAGCUCAGAUGAUGAAGAAUAUGGAAGGAUAUACAGCCGUCUGGCCUAAUGAAUAUGGACUGGGUCGUGAGUGCGUGAACUGCGGCGCCAUCUCAACCCCACUGUGGCGCCGUGAUGGUACGGGCCACUACCUGUGUAAUGCAUGCGGCCUCUACCAUAAGAUGAAUGGGUACAACCGACCUCUCAUCAAAAACCCAAGGAGACUGCAGUCUGGCUCAAGACGAGAGGGAAUCACAUGUGCUAACUGCCACACCAGCACUACAACAUUAUGGCGUAGGAAUAAAGACGGUGAACCGGUUUGCAAUGCUUGUGGAUUGUACUUCAAAUUACACGGUGUAAACCGCCCUCUAGCGAUGAAAAAGGAUGGUAUUCAGACACGAAAGAGGAAGCCAAAGAACCCUAACAAAGGAAGCCAACAGAACAAUGCACGCAACGGAGGCGGGCAGUCAUCACCAAACGAUGUUAACAUCAAGGCAUCGUCACCCACCGGCAAGCAAUCCUCACCACUGCCCACUUCCACUCCAUACACCAGUCACCCUAUCAAAGUGGAACCUCAGUACCGUGUUGGCCUAUCCCCUCCUCCAGCGAUCAGUAACCCUGUGACCUCCUACAUCCCUGGGUUGGUACAUCACAGUGGGACUAUCUCAACAGCCCAAUCCCUCCAUCACCCGCACCACCACCACCCUGGCUCCUACGCCGCUCAUCUUGGAACCCCACCGACGCAUCUCUCCCACGGUCUCGGUAGCAACAGCGAGCAGACCCUACACCUCACCCACCAACCCGGACAAACCAUCCUCCUGCACAACGGACCGGUCAACUCCGCCAUCAACCCUCUAAACCUCAGCGCCAAUACCAAUGGUGGCGCCGUGACCCACCACGCCGGAAGUCCAGGGGAGAUGCCCGGCAAUGAUUCAACAUCCCCUCACCAUGUGUUGUUCAGCGGUGUCAACCCUUCUCCACCGUCCGCCGUUGCAGUACCGGUCUCCGUCAGCAAAGCAGAAUCGGAAUGAGAUGUAUCAAUCUGUAUACCCUGCAAUAUUAUGUAAAGAAAGAAAAAAAAUUCAUCAUUUUGACUUAGUUUUACCUCCUCGCCAGAUUUCAUGUAUGCGGCGAUUCCAAAGAUUGUUAUAUCAUUGUAUAUAAUUUCAUUAUCCACAAAACGUCAAUGAAACUCAUAGAUGAUUGCGGAUAUUCCUUCCAGCAAAAUAUUGAGAAAGUUGCCAGUAAGAAUCAUGCAUCAAGGAUAAAUACUGAUUGCUUGACAUUGAUCAUUAGAACUUGAAAAAGAUAUUCUUGCAAGGUUCGAAUCAUGUGACAAACUUGACAGAGACAAGAAUGACGAGAUUGAAAGUGAUUGCGUUGUUACCACAAAGAGACCCGCAACGACGAUCCCUUCCGAUUUCUCGCAAGGUUUCGAGUCUUUCGAAACACCAGGACAACAUCGUAGUCACCAAGUACAUCUUGAAUUCGUACUCACCUUGCAUGCUCACCUGUCUCGGUCUCUUAAGCACCUAGCCUUGGGAGUUAGGUAUCAGCUGUGACCAUGUAACAAAUGUUACAUUUUUCGGAACUCGGAUGAUGAAAGAGCAACUAUGAGUGACAACGUAUUAUAUUUGUCAUUGUGACAAUAAUCAAUUGCUGCAAUAAAUAAGCAGCAUCGCUGGUCAUUUCAAUUAUUGUUCAUUGAUGAUAAUAAGAGACGAACACUUCGAUGAAUUUGGUGUUGGAUAAACACGGAUAUACAUUACAACGCCAACCAUUGUACAUUCAUUAAUAACAUCAUCAUGCAGUAACACACGUUAGUGUCAUUUCAAAACAUUUUAAAAAGUCGGAGGGGAUCAGCACCCGUUUUCUUUUUUGAUUUGAACUUGAACAAGGACAAUGAUUUCCCGCAGCCUUCUUGAGGAUGGAAAGAAAUGGUCUACACGUUUGAUACACAGAAGUAAUCUCACACUGGGUCGGUGUCAUAUCAACACCUGGCGGUGUGGUUCUCUAUUAACACUCAGAGUGCUAUAUUUAGCACCCGUAGUGCUCUCGCCUCUCUAGUUGAGGUGAAUUUUAUAUGUUGAUAGCCUAAUGUAUAACUGCUUAUUAAAUAUACUAGACGUUUUCUUUUUUCUUUAAAAGUGAUAAAUAAUAAUUCACUUAAGCUAUUAAGAUCUCCAGGAUCACCUGUAUCUAAAUGGCAUCGUUGAGUAUUGUUGCCAUAUUUGUAAAAUAGAUUUCUUUAACUGAUUUUAUUUGAGAUUCUCUCUCCAAAAAACCAGUUGUACUCUUUGAUGUCACAGAAUACAUAUCGCUUUUGAAGAGGAGAAUAUUAGAAGAUCUUCAUUAUUUACGUGCUAGCUUAAGAAACAUAACAUUGUAAAAAAUAAAUAUACAUGUAUAAUACAGUUUUUUAUCACACGUGGCAUACAAGGCAUCAUUUUGCGAAGAAGAUGACGAUAAAGAUGAGUUGUAACAUAACAUUAAUCUUGCCAGGUGACUUAAAAUUACAUUGCCAGAAUAUCCACUUUUGCCAAAUUGAUAUAAAUAAAUACUUGCCUAUAAUUAGCAUUUGACAGCAAAUGCGGGCGAAAUGAUCAGUGAGCCGUCCGUCUAUUAGUCCAUGUCGAACGAACUUGCUUGGUACGUUUAUUUAAUGAGACGUUCAAAUAAAAAUCGUCAAUCUGUUUGAUGUUGAUUUUUUUUAUCAUCAGACCUAUCAUAAUUAAUCAUUCUUUAGGGUUCUUAUAGACAUUUUUGGUUAUCUUCUUAUAUUAAUGAUUCUAUGUCACUUUUUUUUAAACGACCGAGUAGAUUUUGACACCUAAUUUGCUCUCGAUAGAUUCUGACUUACUCAUUUCCACAUUUUCGUUUUAUUUUUUAAGAAACUGGCUUUUGGUAUUAUGUAAUAAUCAAGUUUUCGUCUCACUCAUUUUACCACUGUAUAUUAUUGAGUGAUGGUAACAUCUUGUAAAUAGUUUUGAUAUGACGUCACUUCAAACAUGAUGAAUAUUGUUUCUGUAACCUCAAUGUGUGUUGGUAAAUGUUAUUUUUUCCCCCAAUAAGGGUACAUCUUUGUCCUCUAAGAUUUUUUUUUUUCAUUUGUAGAUUCCAAAGUGAAUAUUUUAGAAGUAGUUUGUAGAUGGCUCUUAAAAUCUCAUAGGUACUCACGUGUGGUAAAUGAUAUACAAUGAUUAUACAUACCUAUCAAAUUAUAUUGUUUCAGUUAUUACACAUGCUUAAAAAUGACAAUCAUUUCAUUUCAAAGAACUGUUGGAUAUCUUCACACUAUAAUAAGUUAUUGUAUGCUCCAAUGCCCGAGAUAAUUAUAAAAAAAUGAGAUGAACGUGAUGAAAAAGAUCUUAAAAGUGAUUUCAUCGCACACUUUUUGAAAAAUGUAUAUUUGUACUCAAUUAGUAAAAACGAGAAUAUAUUCAAAAUUUACACAAAACGUUUAUCACUCAAUUAGUAAAAGAUUAAUGCAGACCGUCAAGGUCAACAUUUGAACUGUUUUAUUUAUAGGCCCUCUAUUGUAUAUGGAUUUUAUAUUGUGGCGAUCUUGCUAGUGUAUAUUAUUGAAAAAGACCAUAAUUAUGAAAACCAAAGACUAGUGAUCAUCACAUUGUGUGUACUAUAUAUGAAUAGAACAAGAAAUAUGUGAAGUACAUAAUUUUUAUUCCGUUUACUGUGAGAAGAUAAUUAUCUUGAUGUUAUUUAUUAAUCGAUGUAUCAUUUGAGAAGAAUAAAUUACAUGAACCAAAAGAAA